UAUCCAAUUAGUAACAACUAAAUCCAUAUACUCUUUCCUGAUCCAAGCAAUGCCAUCAAGCUUCUGCCAGCUUUUUAUAUCUCCGUUUCUGGAGCUAAUUUAAGCAACUUGUCUUGAAUUUGGAGCGGGAAAUCUUCAAGUUGUCAAAGAUGGCAACUUUAGCUCCUGCGCAGAGUUGUUUUGCCGGAAAUUCACCCAAGAGAUGUGCAGUUCCGAGCACUGGCAUUUGUUCUGUACCAAGACUUGCAGGUUCAUGUACUUGGAGCCACCAGAAGAAGAAGAGGUCGUUGACGGUUGUUGCAGCAGUUGGAGAUGUAUCAGCUGAUGGCACUACCUAUCUAAUUGCCGGUGCAGCUGCUGUGGCUCUACUUGGAACUGCCUUCCCCAUCGUUUUCUCUCGCAAGGACCUGUGUCCUGAAUGUGAUGGAGCGGGUUUCAUUAGGAAGUCAGGAGCAGCUCUGAGGGCUAAUGCUGCUCGGAAAGACCAGGCCCAGAUCGUUUGUCCUCGUUGCAAUGGUCUUGGCAAGCUCAACCAAAUUGACAAAUAAACUCAGAAUUGGGAUCCUCACAAGUUUGCUGUGCUAUUAACAUGAUAGGUCUUGUUUAUUCAAUUCAAAUCGAAUUACUAUUAGAAUCUUAUCACAUAAAACAAUCACCAACCCCUCCGAAAAUUUUAAUUUUUGAAUUCAUUUGUCUAACAUGAGACCUGUCAUGUUAUAAGAAUUAAGAAACAUGAAAGUAUCAAAAACAAAUAAACCCCAACAUUGUGAUAUGUUGUAAUAUUAAUCUUUGCUCUC